CGUUACCGACGAGAUGAGGUCGUUACUCGCAUUUUUAUUUGUUAUUUUAACUGUUCUGUGUUUAUCAGACGCCAGUCCUUAUAACAAAUAUGGAAGAACGUGCAAAGAUAUCCUUUGCACCGUGAGAGAAGAAUGCGUCAUGCAAAGAGACGAAUGCACGGGAUACACCGAUAAAUGUGGUACCUAUCCGACGUGCAAAAGAAAACCGGGAGUCGGUAAAACCGGAUGUGCCGCAAUGAAAUGUCCGGUCGGACAUUUUUGUUCAAUAAGACAAGAAAAUUGCGACAAACCUCCCUGUCAGAUAAAACCGACUUGCAUUGCAUUCAGAACGCCGAGUCCGAAUCGUGCAUCUAACGUUCCAGUUUACAACAGGCCGUUUCAAACGGAUAACAGAUACAGUUACAACAGUCCUUUCAACAGGAAUUCAUGGUCUUUCGACCGGAUAUCCGGGUAAUACGGUAAAAGGUUAGCAAAAAAAACCGGAAAUUAUUUCUCCUGCCUUGUUGAAUUAAUCAAAUCGUCGUGAGCCAUUUUCUUUUUUAACGUUCUUAUCAUUUCUUUUUAUUUUUAGAAUAGAUAAAUUUUCUUUUUU